UGUGCUAUUUAUAUAGGGCCUUAACACCCUUCUCGGUGUUUACUGAAGUCGCAAGGUUUUGGAACACAAGAAAUCAAAUCGAGAGGGUGCCUUUGAGAUAGCCUACUGAGUGAGCAGAAAAUGGGGGAGGAGUCCGUGACCGUGAGAGUCCAAGCGAAAUCUAGUUCUUCUAGCUGGGUGGUGGAUAUGGAGAAGAUGCUCGAGCAGGCCAACCCAUCAAUGGAGAUGGUGCUGUGGAAGCAACGAUCCAUACGCCGGGUGCCAGAGUUUAUCAAGGAGCUGACAAACAGCAAGUCCUAUCAGCCACAGUUCGUAUCGCUGGGCCCUUUACACCAUGGCGAGAGACACCUCCUUCCCAUGGAGCAGCAUAAGCGGCGAGCAGUGCUGCACAUAGUUAACCGAUCCGGGAAGCAUUUACAGGAGUUUGUUGCGGUCAUCGAGGAAGUAGUAGAGGAGCUCCAAGGUGCCUACGAUGACCUGGAUGACAAAAAAUGGCGUGGAGCGAACAAGGGUCGCUUCGUGGAGAUGAUGGUCACGGACGGCUGCUUCUUGUUGGAGCUGAUGUUUGGAGCUCCAGCACGAGGCAAUUAUGCGGCCAACGACCCUAUCUUCAGCAAGAACAGUUUUUCUCGUCUAUGGCCAAUCAUGCGGAAUGACAUGGUCGCGAUGGAAAACCAACUGCCUCAAGUGGUUCUACAGAGGCUUCUAUCUGUUCUCUACGGCACAUCUCCGGAAGCUAAACAUAUCAUCAGCUACGUGCUAUUUCUUUUGGACCGCAACCCACUUGAUGAGGAAGAUAUGGAAAACUUAGGUCUCCACUUCCUAGACCUUUUUCACAAAAGUUACUGUAGUUCCCGUCCAAAUUGGGAAGGAUGCGUUGAAUAUGAGGCUUGCACACCCUGUGCUUCUGAGCUAAAGGAGGCAGGGAUCCAAUUCAAAACGAGCGACACUGAUAGCAUCCACAACGUUAACAUGGAAAACGGCACGCUGAGCAUGCCAAUGUUCACGUUCGAUGAGGACACAGAGAUACCACUCCUAAACCUAAUGGCAUUUGAGUGGCUACGCCCUGAAGUCAAUCUUGACGUAUGUUGCCACAUGUUCUUUAUGGAAAAAAUCAUCAGAUCAGAAAAGGAUGUAGAACUUUUAAGAUCCAAAGGGCUCUUCCAGGGCCUAGUAGGCAGUGAGAAAAGGGCGGUGGAGAUGUUCAACACCCUCGUCAAGUUAUCAUGGACGGCAAGCAGAGGCAGCAGGCUAGGCCAGGUGCAGUGGAAGCUGAACGAGCACUGCAGGAAGCGCCGGAAUAAGUGGCGGGCCAGCUUUGUGAACACCUACCUGAGCAACCCCUGGGUAUUCAUCUCCCUCAUGGCUGCCAUAAUUUUGCUCAUUGCCACCCUCCUGCAAACCAUCUACACCAUUGUCCCGUUCUACACCAAGAACUAG